AACAAAAAUAUUAUCUUUUUUAUUCUCAGGUAAUGGAGCAGCAGACCUUGUCUAUCGCCAAAGCGGGUAUUAUCUGCCAACUGAACGCACGCACGUCGAUCCUAGCAGCCGCCAACCCCGCCGAAUCUCAGUGGAAUAAAAAUAAGACCAUUGUUGAGAAUGUACAGCUACCACAUACAUUGAUGUCCAGAUUCGACCUGAUAUUCUUAGUGCUGGACCCGCAAGACGAGGUGUUCGACCGGCGGCUGGCCACGCAUCUGGUCUCGCUGUACUACAAGGACCCCGCCGACGCGCAAGAUGAGGAGGACGUUGUUGUGAGUCUACUUGCUGUAACGAGUAACUGUAAAUAAUAAAGAAGCUUAAAC